AUGCACGUACCAUCUCUUCACCAUCCAAACCUUUCGAAUACAGCAAGCAUGUUGCAGUGUGUGAACAACAAUCAAAUGCAAGCCAGCUGCCACACAUGCAAUAGUUUUACGGUGCCACAACAACCCAAUCCAGGUCAACCAUACCAACAUCAAUCUGAAUGCUUGCAAUACUCUCAAAACAUGUGUCCAAUCCAUGAUCAUUCAAACAUGAAUUCAUGCAUGUUUAACACACCUCCUUUCCUCUCUUCUCAACAUAAUCAUCAUCAUAACGUAUUCAAACCAAUAAUGAAAAGUAUUGGAAAUUGUGGAAACUUGGUUUCACAUAACAUGAAAACAGAUUUGGAAAAGAGGACGAAACAUGCAAAAUAUCAAAAAAUAGUCAAGCUUCCUCCACAUCCUAACAAAUUUCUUUCUCCUCCAAAAUGUCUCAGAAUGAAAAAGAUGGUUUCAGAUGAUGAAUUUGGAUCUAAUUACUUUGAAUUAUCUUGGAAAUCUCAGAAAAAGAAGAGAACCAGAAAGAGAAAGCAAGCUAGCAAUCAACAAUUUCAACAUACUAAUUCGAACGAAUUCCAACAUAUUCAACACGUUGAGUUUCAACAAAAAUCGUUUGAAAAUCAAAAGGAGAGUGUUUCAUCUUCUGAUGAUGGAUCAUUUCUCUGCAUUUCCAGCAUUCAAGAAGUUGAAGAAGUGAAUAACAGUGAGCAGCAGAUAGGACAGCUGGAAGAGAAUAAUUGUCCUUGGAAUGCAUUAUUCCCACUCAAACUUGUUUUUGAUGAAUAA